AUGAAGAAACUCUUCUCCCUGGCUCUGCUGGUCGCCUCUUACGUUCUUGCUCCUCAUGGGAAGGAUGAAGACCGUGAAAGAAUGGUUAUGGAUACGGCUAAAGUCAACGAAAGCCUCUUUCGGUCCUAUGGCUGCUACUGUGGAGUCGAAAGUACUGAAAAUGGCGAACCCAAGGAUUAUAUCGAUGUCUGCUGCCAAAUCCUUAACUGCUGCUAUGAGGCUCUAAGGAUGGUCAGGUGUGAUCCCAAAAUGAGCAGCUAUAAGUACACCUAUGAUGGUGAAGUCGUUGAAUGCUAUACGGCAAACCGUGCCUUGUGGUGUGAAACAAAUGUGUGUUCCUGCGACCGAUAUUAUUCUAUUUGCUUGAUCGAUUCCCAUCGUUUAUUCAAUGAAGAGUUUGUUCCCUCUGGCCUGAGGGACUGCCCAGGAUCUGCCCCAAAGGAAUGCUUCAUCAAGUAA